UUGAACCGGCUAAAUGAGGGAUGGAAGCAAUUGCGGGAGAACCUCCCGUUUGAGGCUGUGCUUUUGAUUUCCUGGAAUUGUUGGAUGCUGUGUGGUCAGACCUUUUGUUUGGCAUCUCCCAGCGGGAUAAUGUUGACCCGGCUGAAAACAAAGUCAGAGAGGAAGCUUGCAAAACAAAUUUGCAAAGUUGUAUUGGAUCAUUUUGAAAAACAGUAUUCCAAAGAACUUGGAGAUGCCUGGAAUACAGUGAGGGAUAUACUAAUAACUCCAUCAUGUUGGCAAUAUGCUAUCCUUCUUAACCGAUUCAAUUAUUCUUUUGAACUGGAAAAAGAUUUAAAUUUAAAGGGCUAUCACACACUCUUUCGAGGAUCUUUGCCCUACUAUCCUAAAUCAUUGAAGUGUUACCUUAGCAGAACUCCAGAAAGAAUGCCUUCAGAAAGACACCAAAUUGGAAAUCUAAAAAAAUACUAUCUCCUGAAUGCUGCUUCUCUUCUCCCAGUAUUGGCUCUGGAGUUAAGAGAUGGGGAGAAGGUUCUGGAUCUGUGUGCUGCUCCUGGGGGCAAGUCGAUCGCUCUGCUGCAGUGUGCUUAUCCAGGUUAUCUUCACUGUAAUGAACAUGAUAGUCUGAGAUUGAGGUGGCUAAGGCAGACGUUAGAAUCUUUCAUCCCGCAGCCUUUGGUAAAUGUAAUUAAAGUAUCUGAAUUGGAUGGCCGAGAAAUGGGAGAUGCCCAGCCUGAAAUGUUUGACAAGGUGUUAGUUGAUGCUCCGUGUUCAAAUGAUCGCAGUUGGUUGUUCUCAUCUGAUUCUCAGAAGGCAGCCUGUAGGAUAAGCCGAAGGAGCAAUCUGCCGGUUCUGCAGAAGGAACUCUUGAGGUCUGCAAUUAAGGCCUUACGCCCUGGAGGGUUACUUGUGUACUCUACAUGCACACUUUCCAAGGCAGAAAAUCAAGAUGUCAUCAGUGAAAUUUUAAACUCCUACAGUAACAUCAUGCCCGUGGACAUUAAGGAAAUGGCAAGGACUUGCUCCCAAGACUUCACAUUUGCUCCCACUGGCCAGGAAUGUGGACUCUUGGCGAUACCAGAUAAAGGCAAAGCCUGGGGCCCAAUAACAACUUAAGGAAUGAGUUUUGUAACUGUCCUGUGUGAAUGAGAAAACCCUAGCUCAGUGCCAUUUGUACUACACUGGUAAGUAAAGAAUGAAGCCAAGACAAAAACUAGCUCCAAAGGGCAGGCCCUUCUCCCUACACUAUGCUGUCUCAUAAGAUAUAGUUUAUAGGAACCUCCAAAAUUAUCAUCUGGCCCUUCCUUAUUCUCCAACACUCAGUUUUUCACUUGUAUGCCAUUCUUUAGUCACAGAGCAUCAAAAGGUUCAUCAGUACUUGGGGGGGGAAAAAACUAGUCUUUCAGGGUAUGUUCCAAGAUACUUGUGAUUGCAAUACCCAGACAUCUCCCAUGGAGGUGCUCUGUGCCUUCUUUUUCUUUGCAGACGCUGAACUGAAGAAUAGAACUUUGGAGCAGCCCUGCAAUGUCAGUUGAAAAGCAAGGAGUAAUUGAUACUACUUUCUGUGUCAUUGAGUUACUUUCAAAAUAGCUUUAUAAAAAUUUAGGUUGCUUACCAACACAUUUUCUCUCUGCCUUCAGCACACUGAAUAGCCACUAGUUUCAGAAGUAGACUGUGAAUAAAUGUAAUGCAUUUAAAUGGUUUAUACUGAUUUUUUGAAGCAUUGGAUAUUAUCUGUGGUUUGGAAUCAAGGCAGCCUACAGUCCCUUAUCCUAUUAUGUAUCCAUAUAGCCUCAUAUUCAAGACUGCAUGUUACCCCCUUAGCAGUAUUGUAAAAAAUAUCCUUUCAUAUGAAGUGAGUAGGUGUAACAUAAUAGGUACCAGAGCACUGGUACAUGACUAAAUAAAGUAAUCACAAAUCUAAUAGACCCUAUUCAAGAAGGCUUUAUACCUAGAAGAUAAGUAUCAGAUGAUCUGCAUAGGUUAAUGCAAUUCUCUUGGAAUACAAAGAGAAAAUUGGAACCAAUAGCAACAGUUUUAUUAGAUGCAAAGAAGUCCUUUGAUGCAGUUGAAUGGGACUACUUGUAUUAUGUGUUAGGUAAAUUUGGCUUUGGGGACAAAUAUAGCAGAUAGCACAACCCAUUUAUAUGGUUCAGAUCAGUGGUUUACAGUCUCCCUUUCCUUGCCUUAUUGCUGCACUGGGGAGGAAAUAAGGAUGGUACCCAUUACUGAUGUUACUUUUCAGGCUGACAUUGGAGUUAUAACAUCACCCAGAUCCCAUGGGUAUCUGAAGGAUACUCAGAUGAAGGUUCACAAGUUAACUAAUGUCUGCUGAUAUCCUACCAGUUGUGCUGAAAGUCCUAACAGCAUCUGUCCUGAAAACAUUACAAGUAAUGUCAGGAUGUGAAUUGGCUUCAGGCUGCAAAGUCAAUGGGAGAGAAUCCAAAAUACGAUCUUAACAGAAUAGUUUCUAUUAAUAUUACUUAUUGUGUGACAUUUAAAAUAAGAUGAAAAUUUAACAAGAAUUGAUUUGAAAUUCUCAUGAGGGGCUGAUUAAACAAUAGAGUCAAAAAAUUUUUUAAUUGACCUGUAAUUUACUGCUAAGAUUUUUAAAAACUAGGUUUCUCUAAAUCUAAGGAGGAAGAAAGCCUGGUCGAGCAUAGAGAUCUUUAAAUUUUAAUUAGUUCAAUCAAAUAUUAACUCCAUACGUUUCUGUCACUGCACAAAUGCAAAAAAAGUAAUUUCCUUAGUUAUGUGAGAUCAUAUAGUCAUGUCGAAACUGGGUAAAGCGUAUGCUACCUUAGGAAAAGAGCUUUUUUGCUUCCCUGGAAUCUAUUUGAUGGCAUACGUCAUGACUCAAUUAAACUUGCUAUGGCUUGUCAAAAGGAAUUUUCUGCUGCACAUUGCUAUGGAAGAGCCUAUUACACACAAAUAACUGUACAACCUAGGAGAAUCAACAGAAACUAAAAAUGUAUAUAGCCUAUUGAAAAAUAAGAAACGGGACCCAGCUUCUUCCUCGUUCUUAAAAACAAGUAGGAGUAAAAUUGCAGGUGUUAACAAGAAUGGACGAUGUAAGAGGGAUUAGUGUUGAUGACAGAAAAGAGGGACUGAACUUAUUUCAACUUGUAAUUAUUAAGUUACAGAGAGAAAGGCUCAUAGUUACUCAUCCAAACAAGGUGUUAAUAGCCUUUCCAAAACAGUAAGCAUGCUUCUCCUACCAUUAUAUUAAUCACGGGAGUGAGAGAGAAAUGAGAAGACUAUGAAACCAGUGCUGUCUCAUGAACUGGUGUCAGUAGGGAUGGCUUGCUGUGGGCUUGUAGCUCAUAACUGCCAAAAAAAUUUUUUUA